GCCAUUUGUAUAAAUUGACCAGCAGCACCAUGCCCCAGACACAUUCGAUGUGUUGCCUGUGAGAAACUUACCAUGACCGGACUUCCAGGGUUGGUAGUGAUAUUGUGCUUGCUGCAGUACUCAGAUGGCGCCGUGACCUUCACAGGACCAGGGUCUCCUGCGGUAAAAACGGGAGAUCAAACAGUAACAGUAAGCGUGGUGGAAACGAGUGUGGACUCAGCCACAAUUUUCACUGUGGCGGCAACGACUGAUUCGGGAAGUGUUGCAUUCACAUUUGCUGCUGAUGGCAAUCCAGACUCGAUUGCUAGUUCUACAAUCACUUCCGGAGCUGUGAAACUGGCAGCCGGUAAAACCUUAGACAAGGAAACGAAAUCAUCAUACACGUUCAAAAUAGUCGGCACUGAUAGCGCGGGAUUUGCAACUUUAACUGUCACCCUAACUGUGACAAACAAGCUGGAGUUUGCAAAGACAAGCUACGAAGUUUGUGUAGCAGACGGCACUGUUGCAGGGACAUUGAUUGGGACCUACACAGCUGUUGAUGCUGUUACAGGAACAGACACCGUAACCUACACAAAUACUCCUACUACUGACCUGACUGUUGACGCAAAUACUGGCGCUCUCAAAGUUACGACGGGCAGGGCACUGACAAGUGCUACAUCUGGCGGAUACACCACAACGAUCACUGCAGACCAGACUGCAACGACAGGAGCAGUCUCGGCGGACGGUACAACUGUCGUGAAAGUCACGGUCGGAGGAUGUAGCGGAGCUGGACAAAUCCAGUUCAUGGCUAUUUUGCUGCUGAUCCCACUGCUGAUUACACGUUUAUUCUAAUUUCUCAACGAAUAUGCAUGCAAUACGUGGACUUUCCAUCGUUAAUCCGUACAUCGAGAAUGAAAACAAAACAACAGUAUUCCAAGUUGUGUUAAGUUUAUUUAUAUACGCAUAACAUUAUAUGAAUUGAUUCUUUAAAUACAAAAUUAUUUUACACUGUGGAGAUAAAGGAGCUCAAAUUCAAUCCGAUAUUUAAUAUGUUAAACAUAUACAUCGUAAACAUGCCACAUGCAUAGGCGUUCAAAAAUACUAUCUUAUAUUUGUGUGUGCAUAGAAUAGAUAUGUACAUUCAUGAAUUGUCCCUCUAUGAAAUACCUUUGGGUUCUCGAUAUUUUGGGAUAAUGAAACUUGUUUGUACCUAAAUAUGUUUGUUUUACUUUUUGAAAUAAAGUUUCUCUUAAACGUG